AUGAGUAUCUCCCUGGAUUACCCGCCAUCCAGAAAACAAAGCACCAUGGAGAGUCUGGAGAAGCAGUUGAUUUGUCCAAUCUGUUUGGAAAUAUUCACCAAACCCGUUGUUAUUCUGCCCUGUCAACACAACCUGUGCCGCAAAUGCGCCAAUGACAUCUUUCAGGCAUCAAAUCCAUACCUGCCCACACGUGGUGGAUCCACACUGGGUUCUGGGGGACGGUUCAGGUGCCCGUCCUGUCGGCAUGAGGUGGUUUUGGACCGGCAUGGAGUUUAUGGACUUCAGCGGAACCUGUUGGUGGAGAACAUCAUAGACAUGUACAAACAGGAGAGUAACAGCACUAAACCAGAGCCAGAGACGAAGGCUGAGCAGCCGCAGUGUGCAGAACACAAUGACGAGAGAAUAAAUAUUUACUGUGUGACAUGUGCAGUCCCCACCUGCUCACUUUGUAAAGUGUUUGGUGCUCACAAAUCCUGUGAAGUUGCUCCGCUUAACACUGUCUAUGAGGCACAAAAGGAGGAGCUGACUGAGUGCAUUGCUCUGUUGGUUGGUAAUAACGAUCGUAUUCAGGGCAUCAUCAGCCAACUUGAGGAAAGCUGCAGGAUGGUGGAAGAGAACGGACGCAGGCAGAAGGCUCAGGUAUGUGAGGUGUUUGAUCAUCUGUACGGGUUAUUGGAGGAGAGGAAAGGAGAGAUGACUUUGAGGAUUACUGCAGAGCAGCAGGAGAAACUAGACUAUAUCAGCAGCCUGCGGCAUCGCUACGCUGAGCACCUGGAUGACACUGCCAAACUGGUCGAGACUGGAAUUCAAACCAUGGAGGAGCCUGAGAUGGCCAUGUUCCUCAAGAACACAAAGGCCCUUCUACAGAAAAUUGCUGAGGGCAGAAACACAUCUCACCUGGAGAAAGUGGAGCGGGGAUAUGAGAACAUGGAUCACUUCACUGCCACAUUUGAGCGGGAAAAAAAGGCCCUUCUCAGCAUAGACUUCACCAGAGAUGGUGAUGAUGAUGAUGAUGGUGAUGAUGAUGAUGAUGAUGAUGAAGACGAGACAGAUGGGGUUGUUGGGAGAGCUGUACUGGGGGAGCAUGAGGCAAGCCCCACUCCUCCCACAGCAAAUCCUCCUAAACUGACCAAUGAGAAUGCACUCCCCACCGUGACCUCAAAGUCACUGAGAUCCCCAAAUCAGACUGGUGCCUCCACCCAUAUCCAUGCUACCACUGCCUCUGCCGCCCAUGAGAGUGGGCGGUCCUCACCGGUCAGGUUGCCCACUUCAGUUGCACCAGCGCUAGCUGCUAUCCUAGCAGUGCUAACAGUGUCGGUGCUCGUGCUGAAGGCCUGGAAACGAGCACAGUAG